CGUGUCUUUGGUGUACGGUAUUACUGUUGAGUGUUGAAGGGAAGAAUAGAUAGGAAUCGAGAGGCUGGGCGGGGCGGCAUCUCCCUUUCCACCAAUUCCAGGUUCAGGGAUGGCCCAAGCUCUGGUUUCUGCUUCUCUUUAUCUCUCCGUGCAUGAUGUCGGUGUUUCAAAAUCAGUACAAGCUCGUGUUCUUCCUCAACUUCCCCUUGCCAAUAUAUCGCGAGCUGCCACAUCUUUCACUCGGGGCUCUCCUCUUUUGGUUUGGAGAACAUCCUGCCAAAGGAAACUUGUAUCAAAGGCAACAUCAGUUUCCAUAAGAUGUGAGCAGAGUACAAAAGAAAGCAAUGGUUUGGAUAUAUGGCUUGGCCGCCUUGCAAUGGUUGGAUUUGCAGUGGCAAUCAGUGUUGAAAUAGCAACAGGAAAGGGACUCUUGGAGAAUUUUGGGCUUACAACCCCCUUACCUACUGUGGCUUUGGCAGUUACAGCAUUGGUGGGAGUUCUGACAGCAGUUUUCAUCUUUCAGUCUGCCUCUGAGAAGUGAUAAGUGAUUAUUCUUUAAGUCCAUGAAUAUCUGUAUGUAAAUGAGAUAAUCUAGUAAAGCUUUUCUCAUUCUUGUUCAUCCGUUAGAUUCUCUCUCUCUCUCCAUUUUUACCUUAAUGUUUAUGACAAUUACCCAUGAUUUGACACUAUUCAUAAAUCUUAAAUUGUAUUGUUGUAUUCCUUUGACAGCUCGGAUUUGAGAGUUAUAUGAUAAUUGUAAUUACUUGUCUUGAA